AUGUCUGCCGAAGGCCGUUUUGAACCCCUUCGCCUCGGCUCUAUUGCCCCCAACUUCAAGGCCGAGACCACCAAGGGUCCUAUCGACUUCCACGAGUUCAUUGGUGACAACUGGGUCGUCCUUUUCAGCCAUCCUGAAGAUUUCACACCUGUGUGCACCACUGAGCUGGGCGCCUUCGCCAAGUUGGAGCCAGAGUUCACCAAGCGAGGCGUCAAACUGAUCGGCCUCUCGGCCAACACCAUCGACAGCCACGGCGAAUGGAUCAAGGACAUCAACGAGAUCAGUGGCAGCAACCUGAGCUUCCCGAUCAUCGGAGACAAGAGCCGACAGAUCGCCCUCAAGUAUGACAUGAUUGACCACCAAGAUGCCACCAACGUUGAUUCGAAGGGCAUCGCCUUCACCAUCCGAUCGGUCUUCAUCAUCGACCCCAAGAAGACUAUCCGCACCAUCCUCUCCUACCCAGCCUCGACCGGCCGCAAUACUGCGGAAGUCCUCCGGAUUGUCGACUCGCUGCAGACUGGUGACAAGCACAAAGUCACCACCCCGAUCAACUGGGUGCCUGGUGACGACGUCAUUGUUCACCCCAGUGUCAAGACCGAGCAAGCGAAGGAGAUCUGGCCGGAGCUGAAGAUCAUCAAGCCAUACUUGCGCGUGACACCGCUGCCCAAGGAGAAGACCACUGCGGCUUAG